UAAGAAGGACCAGUCAUUGAUUGGCCACUCCCACAAUUUCUAUACCACCUUUACCCCAGCACAUCUUGCUGCCUAGACAAAUCGUAGGCAGAAGGUUUUGUGGCUGGGUUGGUGUCCCAGUCCCUCCACCGGAAGUCUUGUCUGGUUACAGGAGAUGGAGUCCAGGCUCCAUGUCCCCUGCUGCUAAGAGUCUUAGCUUAUGCAAGAUAGCCUUGUAAACGAAGUGUGAAGUUAAUCACACUUUUGCUAACAUAGAGGAAGGGGAACGGAAAGUCUCAGCGACAAGCUUAAGAGAGGAUGGUUGUCUCAAGGGCUCCAGCAUCUGACUCCGCCUGUCAGAGGAUGGUCUGGCUAUUUCCACUUGUCUUCUGCCUCGGCUCAGGGAGUGAAGUCUCACAAAGCGGCUCAGACCCCCAGCUGAUGAACGGCGUUCUAGGGGAGUCUGCCGUUCUCGCUCUAGAGCUUCCUUCAGGAAAGAAUGCUAGUCUCAUCAUCUGGAAUUACGAAGGGGAAGCAUCACCUGUCACUACAAUCGUCAUCUUCAAACUAGAAGGGCCCAAAAGCCCAGACAUCAUUCACAUUGAUCAAACGAAGGCGAAGAGACUGAGCAUCACCCGGUCCUACGCCUUGCAGCUCAGCAACCUUACCAAGGCAGACGCAGGAUCAUACACUGCGCAGAUCUCCAUAAAGGACUCUAAACCGAUCAUCUUCAGAUAUACGCUGAGGGUCUUUGAACGACUGAGUAACAUAGAAAUUGCCAAUCAUACUCUCCUGCUAGAGAAUGGGACCUGCCAGAUGCACCUGGCCUGCCUUGUAGAGAAUCCAAAUCAGACUGUCUCGGUUGAGUGGCAAGCCACAGGAAACAUCUCUUUAGGAGAACCAAACGUCACUAUCUCUUGGGACCCAAGGAAUUCCAGUGACCAGACUUACAUCUGCAGAGCCGAGAAUGCUGUCAGCAAUUUGUCAGUCUCUGUCUCUACCCAGAGUCUCUGCAAAGGUGUUUUAACUAAACCACCCUGGAAUACAGUAUGGCGUACAGCUAUAAUUUCAAUAGUCAUGGGUAUUUUAUUCAUCUCUGUGUGUGUGGGCAUAUGCAUUUGGAAGAGAAGAAGAGGUUCUUUCCCUUUGACUAGCCAACAUCCAGAUUCCUCCCAGAGCCCAGAUGCCCCAGGCUCUCCAGGGAACACCGUGUACGCACAAGUCACUCGUCCAAUGAAGGAAAUGAAAAUCCCAAAACCUAUAAAAAACGACUCCAUGACAAUUUACUCCAUAGUUAAUCAUUCCAAAGAGGCUGAAUACUCUUAAGGACAUCAAGUUGGUGAAAGACUUUAAAGAAAUCCAAGCAGAACACAUCUACUGAUCCCUUGGAAGAGAACGGAAAAGAAAUGUGGUUUCCAACUGGCAAUGGUAUCCGGAUACCCAGGGUUAUCACUUCAGACUGGAUCCUUCAUAGGAACGUCAGACGCUUCGAGGGUAGCAAGAUCUGUAAUACAUAACCCCAAAAACUAUAUUCCAAUCAAAUCCAGGACAAAUCCUGCUUUGUAUAACACACCCACAUGCUGCUUUCUCUCUGAUAACUAAACAGAGUUUUGACGGACAGAUGAUGAUUCAAUAGGUAAUCAUUUCUCCUUCUAGAAGGCAGAAGGAUGUGAUUGGCUGGAGAGAGAGCAUGGUAUUUUGAUUUAAUGUGUAGUGUCCGGCAUUGGAUGGACCCACACUAGUGGCAUUGGAUGGACCAAUCAUUUACUUAGGCUUCUGGGAUACUUCCUAUGUUCUUGGACCUUUAAUCUCAUAGCCAAAAAUAAGAGGAGGGUAGCAAUGCAUUGGUUCCGUGGCUCACACCGGGAAUCUAAGCCAUCCAUGACUAGAGUUAAUCCCCAAACACCUCAGACUCUACCUCCAAAUAUAUUAAGCAGAUCUUUCUCUUUUCAACUUGUAGGCCAUCGUCCUAUCUCCGUUCCUCCCCUCUGGAACCUGAGGUACUCCAAUCACCUCUAAACAGCUCUUUUGAGUUUGCUCUUGUCUCCACAUAACCGAUGGUCUAAAAGGCAAUUAGCACAACGUCCUUAGUAUAGUCCGGCUCUUUCUAUUGACCCUUGCAGACUCCUCAUUACACCCAGUGUAAAAAACAAAGUCUAUGGCUUUGGAUGAUCUGGCACAUCCCAGACUCUGCUAAUUUUACUCUUCCCAUUCUCUGUUUGACUUCUGUGGCCUUUUUAGCUCCUCUGUCAGAGAAGAGAGUUCUCCAAAUCACAGUCACUUACAUCUGCCCCAAGGCCCUUCUUCUGCCUGUUGGGUUCCUCCUGUCUCCUAGACCUCAGUUUAAAUACAACAGUUUCCAUAAAAGGCCUUCCCAGUACAGUCUACCUAAAGUGGGCUUCUGUGUUAGUCUCUUAAACUUCCAUGUUGUUUAUUGCAUGAUAUUGAAUAUUUAUUUUUAAUAUGUUUUCCUCCUUAGAAGAUAAGUCUGUGGAAUCACAGACAAUAAUUAUCUUAUUGCUGUAAUCAUUAAUAUGUAAAACAUGGUAGGUGUUCCAAAAAAUACUUUGAAUAAGUAAAUGUAUACCUAAUAGAUUGGUGUGUGAAUUAAAUGAAACAAUGUGAUUGGUUCUGCAACUGUGGGUCUACUUCUGUAUAUUCUGUCAACUGCAAACAAAUAUUUGACAAAGAAUUGUAUCUAUACUAAG